UGAGCUCCAACAACAGGCAGACAGACAAACCUCUUUGCAAACUCAGAAGUCGUCUUUUGUCAACAAUUAAAAGCUUGCUAGGUUUGUUCUUAUACAGAAAGAGCAUCGCGAAAUGAUGCAAUAAUUGACUUUUAUUGAACGAGUGUCGCGGACUUUUUAAAAAUGUGCGCUAAAGAGGUAUUGUCCGGAGUUCAUAAUUAGGUCGCUCGGUUCUUCAGCUAGCUAAUAAUAGUAGUUAGCUAGUGAGCUUAUCGAAGUUAACUGGCUCAGUGGUUAGUUGACCACCGCUAACUGUUUUUUAUUUUUUGUGCUACUUCACCUAGGAUACCUAAACUGAGACCGACGAAAGUUUGGAGCAUCCUGGCAUUCCUGCCACAUGAUGGCCGACAGCAGCAUAGUGACUUUGGGGACGGCUCGAAGUCUGCUCGUGGAUUCUUCAGUCUAUGAUUCCAGGAUUGUUGAAACCACAAGGGACCAUGCUUUUCUGGGAAUGACUUCUGAUGAUGGGGAAGAUCAGCUACCCAAAGUGAAGACUCGUGUGGUUCUAGUGGGAGAAGCAUGCAGAAAUAAAGCACUGGUCAAAGCACUUCAGGCCAUCAGAGUAAUGGAGGUACCUGUGGUAAAGAUAAGAGAAGGCGAGGCGGGUGCUGAGGAGAAAACGAUGAUAAAAUCUAUAGUCAAUAUGGACAUCAACACUCCCUUCAUAACAACAAACAAUGUCCAGGAGUUUGGAGACGGCGACAACACUGAAUUUGAGAUGGUGUUUGUCCUCACAGACUUUAAUUCUCCUGACUACAACUACCUCUACAAAAAUGAAAACCGUAUUGUUGGGCCUCCUGUUGUGAUGCACUGUGCUGCAAAGGACGAGCCACUACAUUUCUCAUGCCGUCCUCUUUACUGCACUACCAUGUUGAACCUGUCUCUGUGCUUUACGGGUUUCAGAAACAAGGAGGAAAUGAAGAACUUGGUGAAUUUGGUUCAUCACAUGGGUGGAAUCAUCCGGAAGGACUUCAGCACCAAAGUGACUCAUCUCAUCUCAAACUCUACUUAUGGAGAGAAGUACAGGCUGGCAGUGUGUAUGGGGACUCCAAUCCUCCAGUCUUCUUGGAUCCAGAAGGCCUGGGAGAAAAGAGAUCAGAUAGGUUUUCAUGCAAACGAUGAGGAGUUUCGAACUUUGUUCAAAGUUCCUCCAUUCCAGGACUGCAUUCUUAGUUUUCUUGGGUUUUCAGAAGAAGAGAAGGCAAACAUGGAGGAGAGGACUCAGAAACAUGGUGGCCAGUACCUUGAGGUUGGAGAUGAGAGAUGCACACACAUGGUGGUGGAAGAAAACUCAGUGAAAGACCUGCCAAUUUCUCCCUCAAAGAAACUAUUUGUAGUCAAACAGGAGUGGUUCUGGGGCAGCAUUCAGAUGGAUGCUCGGGCUGGAGAGUCCAUGUACCUCUAUGAAAAGAACGAUAGUCCUGUCAUGAAGAAAGCAGUGUCCCUCCUCUCCCUCACCACCCCCAACAGCAACCGUAAACGCCGGCGUCUGAAGGACACACUGGCUCAGCUCACUAAAGAGACUGAGAUCUCCCCUUUCCCCCCACCACGCAAAAGGCCAUCAGCAGAGCACUCCCUAUCCAUUGGUUCUCUGCUCGACAUUUCUAACACCCCUGAAACAUGCAACGCUUCAGCAGAAGACAGAGUAGGAGACAGUUCUGUGACCAGAAAUAGGAUGAGAAGAAGACAAAGCAGAGAAAGGAGAUCUAGGACAGACAGGGAAGAAAGGAGGAAAAGAUCUCACCAGAGUACAAAAACCUGUCAACGAUCAACGCAAGAGCUGCAGCAAGAAACGUCAGCAGAGAGUUCGAGGCCGUCCAAGAGUUCAACUACGGUUCUCUCCAAGCAGUCAGCCAGGUGGCAAGUCUCCAAGGAGCUCUACCAGACUGAAAGCAACUAUGUGGGCAUUCUGAACACUGUUCUUCAGCUUUUCAAGCAUCCAUUGGAAAAAGAGGGGCAGGUUGGAGGACCUAUCUUGGCUCAAGAAGAAAUUAAGACUAUUUUUGGUAGCAUCCCAGACAUAUACGAGGUUCACACGAAGAUAAAGCAUGACCUUGAAGAGCUCCUCAGAGACUGGUCAGAAAGCCAGAGUGUUGGAAACAUUUUUCUCAAAUAUUCUAAAGAGUUGGUGAAGGCCUACCCCCCUUUUGUCAACUUCUUUGAAAUGAGCAAGGAGACGAUUGUCCGGUGUGAGAAACAAAAGCCACGUUUCCAUGCAUUUCUCAAGAUCAACCAGUCCAAGCCAGAGUGUGGCAGGCAGACACUGGUGGAGCUACUCAUCAGACCGGUGCAAAGACUGCCGAGUGUGGCCCUCCUCCUCAACGAUAUAAAAAAACACACGUCAGAUGACAACCCAGACAAGAUAACACUGGAGAGAGCAAUAGAGUCUUUGAAAGAAGUGAUGACUCACAUCAAUGAGGACAAGAGGAAGACUGAAGGCCAAAAGCAAAUAUUUGAUGUGGUCUAUGAAGUCGAUGGUUGUCCUGCCAACUUGCUUUCCUCCCAUCGCAGCCUGGUUCACAGAGUUGAAACAAUCGCUCUGGGAGAUGAGCCGUGUGACCGGGGAGAACAUGUCACACUCUUCCUUUUCAAUGACUGCCUCGAGAUUGCAAGGAAGCGACACAAAGUGAUCAAUACGUUUAAGAGUCCUCUGGGACAGACGAGGCCUCCGCCCCCUUUGAAACACAUCACAUUAAUGCCGCUGUCUCAGAUUCGAAGAGUGCUGGACCUGCAGGACACAGACGACUGUAUAAAUGCAUUCGCCCUGGUGGUUCAUCCUCCAACAGAACAGGAGAACUUGUUGUUCAGCUUCCAACUGACUGGAGAGGAAACUGUUAAAAGCACCUGGCUGCGUAUGCUUUGUCGUCAUGUUGCCAACACCAUCUGCAGGGCUGAUGCAGAGGAUCUCAUUCAGUACACAGAGCCAGACUCUCUGCAGGUCAGCACUAAGGAUAUGGACAGCACACUGAGCAAAGCAUCCAGAGCUCUCAAGAAGACAUCAAAAAAGGUUACAAGAGCCUUUUCAUUCAGUAAGACUCCGAAAAGAGUAAUCCAGAGAGCUUUCUUGGCCAACAGCACUCCAGAUGAGAAAAGCCAGAGGCUGAAUUGUGAAAACCGAGUCUGCAGCAGCUCCACUUUGGCUGCCCAUCAUUCCCCCUCUAUGGUCCAUCUGCCAUCCAUGUUUGAGAGGAAGUACCACACAUUUAGUCGCUCAAGCACCCAUCUCUUCUAAAAUACCACAACACGGUGGUGCCAGCAGUGUUGCCUUUUUUCCCUCUUUCUUUUUUAUUGUCAUCUUGGACUCGACUACCUCCAGCAACAAAAUUAGAUUUAGAAAAUUUGUGUUGCAGAGACAUAUGACAAAACUGUUGUUGUCCAUGCUGAAGCUCUUCACAAACUUUCCACACCCAGAGUCUGGCAGUACUUUGAUGGAAAAGAAGAUGGAAGGGACAUGCUGAUAUUUGCCAGUGUCAGGAUUGUUGAGCUUCCUGCAGAAAACAUGGUCAAAGCUGGAUGGAAACAAUAAACCAGCUAUGCACAAUUUGUUUAUCUAAUAUGUGUUUAUGUUGCUUCCAAGUGCAAUUUGAACUACACAGGUGCAUUUUUCCAAACGUGGUUGACUCUUGGAUGACUCUAAUAUUAUCUAAUACUGACCAGCUUGGCACUGUGCUGCAGAUGUUUUAUUCAGUGAAUCUGGUGAGGUUCACCAUAUCUUUUUGUUUUAAAUGAAGGAUAGGCUUAUGUUACUUUCAGUCAUUGGCUUACUUUUGCAGACAUUUGUUAAAUCGACGUCAAGAUCAGAUUGAUUGUGUGGUCCUGCUGUUCUGGUCUUGGACAUUUAGUGAUGUGUUGACUCUAACUGUAGAGGAAAUUAGCUUUGUUGGUGUUUUCGUUUAGGUGAAGGUUUAUUUAACUAAUGAUUAAACUCUGUUUUUACUAGCUAAAGUUACAGAGUUUAGUCACGUUUCUCCCUAAUUUUUGUGGCUUGUUUUUAAUCAGCUGUCUUCGACAGAAUCAUUUAUAUUUACUGACAUAAGAUAUUAUUUUAUUUGUAGUAGGGCAGAUAUAAUUUUACCUGAAGACUUCAGUUACUCUAUAUUUUUCAAGUAAAUUUCUAAUAGUUUCCAGCUUUUAUAAAGCUCUUUUGUCUUUUGGUAAAUUUGGUUGUGAAGAAUAAAACUGCUCUUUCUUCAUGUACACCUGUCCAAGUCUGCUGUUUGUGUUUGAGAAGGGUUUUGUAUCCAUGUCCAAAACGUUUUGUUUUGAUGUCCAUUCUGCUUCUAUAUCUUGUUCUUUUUAAAGCUUAUUUUACUCUUUGUGUCACUAAUUAUAUAUUUUUUCAUAUUAAAUGCACUUAAACAUG